AUGUCACGGGUUAACGAGGUAUUCCUUAUUCAUCACCUCCUAGUUGGUUCCCGCAACCAAGGCCAAGCGACAGUCAUGGCUGUGGGCGCCGCAAUACCUUGGACGGGACCGAGCAGAGCAAGCAACAUGGCUAGCUUAAAAACGUCGCGUGGUUUCGACCUACCUUCAUCAUCGUCAGAAGAUGAGGAAGACACCCCACUUCCUUUCCCGACCGCGCUACCCAGGUCCGAUUUCCUCGCCAAGGGCUUCCAACCUGCAGAAUACCUCUCUUCUCUCCCUCAACGCCACCAGACCCUCGAGGAUCUCCGCUCCGAAUUGCGGGAGAGAAGCUCCGCGAUCAGCGCCGAGCUGCUAGAGCUCGUGAAUAACAACUAUACCGCCUUCCUAUCUCUAGGGAGCGAGCUACGUGGCGGGGAUGAAAAGGUCGAAGAUGUCAAGGUGGCUCUGCUCGGAUUCCGCCGCGCCAUCGAGGAAGUCAAGACUAGGGUUGGCGCGAGAGGCCAGGAAGUAGACAGGCUAAACACGGAGCUGGGUGAAGCGAGGAGCCAGAUCGAAACUGGCCGCAGCAUGCUUGAGCUCGACGAGCGCCUAGCUGAUCUUGAGCAUCUUCUCACGAUAGGCUCCGCUCCGCAAGGGCGCCAGGAAGGCUCUAGCACGGGGUUCUUCGACUCGAGUGACGAGGGUGAGGAUGACACCGAAGAUGAGGACGACAUCGACCUAGACCCUCUCGUGGGUACCGGUCCAGCCAAGCUGGCCGCCUUUGUGCGAGAGCUCAUCCUGGUGGAACGUCUCGCCGACACCAUUGGGCGGAAACCCCAUUUGUGCACAAAGCGGAGGAGAGGAUAA